AUGUCUAAGUCUUUGGAAGAAGAGAAAGCUGCGAGAUUGGCUAAGGAAAAAGAACAAGCAGAAGAGAGAUCGAGAAGGGCGGAAUCGAGAACGCUUCAAGAAAACUCUGCUCUUAGAGUAUCAAACGACAAUGGCAAAGCCUCGGGGAGUAAAGCCUUACUAGAGGCUCUCACAAAAGCCUUAGACUCCCGUGAUGGGAAGACUGCUCGACAUUUGAUUGAUAAUUUCAACUCGUCUUAUGGAGAUAUGAUUCAUAUGGAGUAUGAUGGUUAUAAACCUCCAGAGCAGAGCGGCUCAGUUCUAGAUGCAGCGCGUGUAAACCCUGUGGAAGCGAUAUUAAAUCAAGUCUCAGCUCCAGGUUCGACGCUAACUACGGUGAAUCAAAGCACAAUCCCAGAAGCGACGCAUGUGAAUGAUAGAGUCCUUAACGGAGAAUCAAAUGCGGUCUCAAACGAGGUUCAGCCAUCUUCAAAAGAAGGAGGGAAGCUAGAGAAAAACGGCAAGGCUAAGAAGAAGGCUAAGAAACAAGAAAUUCCAAGUGAUGACUCACCUUCCAGCGAUUCAGAUGAUUCGAAUCGAAAGAAGAGAAAGCCGAGAAAGAAACAAGCGAAAUCCAAGAAGAAACGCUUGGCUAGCUCUAGUUCUUCGAGUUCAGACGACUCAGGGGGUAAGAGAGGAGGCUUCAAGAAACCUUACGUGAAAAAGAAUUACUCAUUCAACCGUAAUGAUUCUCAAGCAGGAAACAACACGGCGGGCCCAGUGCAAUCCACGUCGUACAAGCCGAAUUACUUCAACAAAGGACAGAAAGCGGGAAACGCUAAAGCUAGCACACAAGAGGGAAACCAAGCGACGUGA